AUGUCUGCCGAGGCGACCGUCCUACGCGGGCCUCUGCCGUCGGCACACGGAAACACAGCCUCGCCAACGCCGCGCGGCGGUGACGAGAGGUUCAGGUCCCUGCACGCCUCCCGAGAGCAGCAGAGGCGGGACAGCCAGUUGAGCUACUACCGCGAGCAGGAUAAAAGAGAGGGCCGGUCCCGGAGAGAUGAGGACAGAGACUCGACAAGGCCUUCAUCAUCAUCAACAUCAACAACAACAUCAUCAUCAUCAUCAUUUCCGUAUAGGGACAUUAUCAAGUCGGUGCUUUCCGUCAUGACGAGGAGCGACUUGUCUGCUUUGACUUCAGCUUCGGCUUCAGCUUCUUCAGAAAAGAACCCGGACAAGGAGCGUGAAAAGGAAAGAGACAUGAAGGACAAGAACAGGAACGUCGAGGACGUUGUCAGGGGGCUUGCCAUGGAGGAGUGGAACUCGCGGUGGCUGGACGAACUGGUGGCCAAAGUAAAGGGCGAGCUCAACGACACAGCCUCGGACCACAGCGUCUCGGAGAAUGGCCCUCCCACGCCCCUCUCAGACACAUCCUCCAAGGACUCCAUGAAGCGCUACCAGCCCACCGUCGAAGACUACGACGAGAGCGAAGACGAAGCCUCGUCCAUCUUCGAGCGCAGCUUCGCCGCCGCCGCCCAAGACGAAGAAGACGCCCAGCACAAGCCGCUCACCCGCACCUCAUCCUCGCUCUCCAACGCCUCCUCAGACAGCUCUUCCUCCUCGUCGUCGUACUCGGCUGCCUCGUCCGCGUCUUCGUCUCCCUCGCCCUCGGACAAGGACUCGGUGCCUUCGCCCCCGAGCUCCGUCUCCUCGUCCUCCCCUCCGCCCAGGCCGACCGUCCGGUUUGCCGACAAGCAGCCUCCCGUCAUCCACUACAUCCCCGAGCCGCCGGAGCCUGAGGAGCCCGAAGAAGAUCACGCGCAUGAACCCGAACGAGAACGAGAACGAGACCGAGACCGAGACCGAGACCGCGAGUACGAGCGCGAGCGUGAGCUUUACCGUGAGCCCGAACGCGAGUCCUACCGUGAGCCCGAGCGCGACCUCUAUCAGCCCCCUCUUCCUCCUCCUCCUUCUUCCUCCUCCUCCUCUUUGCACCAGAGACAGGGUCCCGCAUGGCCAGCGCUUUUCAACGAGAGAGACGAGCCGACGCCUGCACUGGGGCGGUUCCUGCGCGGCCUGGCAAACCACAUUAUUGCCGAGUACGCCCCCAUCGACUCGCUCGUCAUCACUCCCGACAAACUCUUCAAGUUUUACACCCGCUACCGCCUCGACAAUGAAUUCUUUCCCUUCCAACGCGUCUUCGACACCCGCUACCACAAGUCCCUCCGCGGCAUCUCCUUCCUCUUCACCGACCUCCGCUGCGAGCACCACCUCGUCCAGCACUCCAUCGCCUCCAAGCCGUGCAUCCCGGCCCUCACGCCCACCGGCUUCGAGGACUGGAUGACGCUCAUGAUCCGCGCGUUUCCCGACCGCGAGGCCCGCCGCCUGGACCUCGUCCUCGCCGACGUGCCCCUCUUUGCAGACGACCGAACCUCUUCUUCUCCUUCGCGAUCCCUCGGAGGAAGAGGACAGAGGUUGCCCCCAGAGCUCCCGCGCGAACUCUUUCCCGAAAGGGGCCACGCCCGAGCAUUCGACCUCUUGGCCUCCUCCUUUGCAGAAUGGAAGAGCAUCACCUCCGUCGUCGUCGUCCCCUCCGAGACAACCUCUUCCUCUUCUUCCCUGGCCCCUCCACCAACAUCAACAACAUCAUCAUCAUCAUCAUCUUCCUCCUCCUCCCAUCUCCAUCUGCACCCGGCCCACACAUACGCAUCAUCCUCCCUCAUCCCGCCCUCCCUCCAAAAACUUCCCCCGGCAGCCACAAAGGCCCUCAAGGAAGACACCCGCCGGCACAAAGACCCCUGCUACAUCGACCAGUCACGCAUCCGGCCUUCGUCCCUAAUCUACCCGUCUGCUGCUUCUUCUUCGUUGCCGUCUUCGCCUUCGUCUUCGUUUUUAAACACUUCUUCUUCUUCUUCUGCGGUAAUGCCUCCUUCGUUGGAUAGCAAGGGCGCAGACAGCAUUGUUGUUUCGUCUGCUGCAUCGUCGUCGUCUUCGUCGUCGGGUUCUUCCUCGGGUAGCUCAUCCUCGAGUUCGAAGCAUCGCUCUUCGAGGUCUCGUGAGCGCGAGUCUCGGCAUAGGAGCACCACCUCGGAGAGGUCCUCGCGUCCGAGGGAGCCUUCGCCGCCGAGGGAAGGGCGGAGACAUCAUAAGAGCAGGCGGUACAGAGACUCUUAA